AACUUAAAUUGUCAAAGCUUCAUCCGAGUGAGACGAAUGAGAACAGAGCGGACUGUGGAGGACCAGAACCAGCCAGGAACUCAGGUCCUGAUGGACAUUCACAACCAGGUCCUGAGGACAAGACUGAAGACUCUUCUGAGACUGAAGUCAGUGAGGAUGAUUGGAUGGAGACCAGGGAAACUCAGACUGGUUUAAAUACAAGAAAUAACAAACAGCCUCUAAAUGAUAUGGGAUGUAAGACAGAAAAAAAACCGUUUAGUUGCUCUGAGUGUGAUAAAAGAUUUAAACAUAGGGGCCAUCUAAAUAGACAUAUGAGGAUUCAUACAGGAGAGAAACCGUUCAGUUGCUCUGAGUGUGGUAAAAGAUUUAACCAUAGGGGCCAUCUAGUUAGACAUAUGAGGAUUCAUACAGGAGAGAAACCGUUCAGUUGCUCUGAGUGUGGUAAAAAAUUUAUCGAAAGGGGCGAUAUAAAUACACAUAUGAAUAUUCAUACUGGAGAGAAACCGUUUAGUUGCUCUGUGUGUAGUAAAAGAUUUAACCACAGGUCAAAUCUAAACAAACAUAUGAGGAUUCAUACAAGAGAAAAACUGUUAACUUGCCCGGAGUGUGGUAUAAGAUGUAUCAAAAGGUCAGAUCUAAAUAAACAUAUGAGGAUUCAUACAGGAGAGAGACGGUUUAGUUGCUCUAAGUGUGGUAAAAAAUUUGACCAAAGCGGCGAUCUAAAUAGACACAUGAGGAUUCAUACAGGAGAGAAACCGUUUAGUUGCUCUGAGUGUGGUAAAAGAUUUAACGACAGGUCAAACCUAAAUAAACAUAUGAUGAUUCAUACAGGAGAGAAACCGUUUAGUUGCUCUGAGUGUGGUAAAAGAUUUAGCGACAGGUCAAAUCUAAAUAAACAUAUGAGGAGUCAUACAGGAGAGAAACCGCCUAGUUCCUCUGAGUGUGGUUAAAGAGUUAAAGGAGACAUAUUAUGCCCAUUUUACCGCAGUUGAUAUGGUUCAUAGGGGUCUUAAUGAAAUGUCUGUAACAUAUUUUGGUCAAAAUACCACAAGUAUCCUUUAAACCAGCACCACUUUUACCCUGUCUAAAACAGCCCUCCUCAGAUUGACCUGUUUUGAGUGGCCCACCCCCCUCUCACCCCUCCUCCCUCCUUCACGAGAUACAAGCGUCCAGAUUUUUCCGCAGGGGAUGGGCCUGCGAGCUGGCCGGCGGAUCCGCGAGCUGACAGGGCCGGUGGAGCCGAGCCGUGUAGCGUGACUAUGAGAUGUGUUCUGAUCUUAAUCCCAUUCGACGCCAUCUUGCGUAUGUCUUUGACAUAGAGGAACCACAACAAAUUGCGGGAGUGUUUUUUUUCCAGAGUUUUUGAGACGGUAGACAUGCUAGAGACCCAAAUUAGCGUGGAGAAGCACUACAAAAGUGGAAUUUUCAUAAUAUGUCCCCUUUAAGAUUCAGUCCUAUUGUACGAGACAUGUGAGGUUUAAUAAAGGAGGGAAGUGAUUCAGUUGCAACUUUUGCAACAAAAGAUUUAUUAGGAUAUAUCAGCAGAUAUUCAUAUUUUACAUAUUUAUAGUUCACUGUUUUAAGUAGACUAUUAACAGUUUUAUGUCCCUAGAAAAUAUAACUCAUUGAAUAACACGAAAAAUGUGUGUUUAAAUAUCUUGCUUCUACUGAUUUAUAGAUAAUUUAUCUAUUUUUCAUAAAGUCCUUCAUGUUAUUUUAAGGUUAAAGAAGUGUU